UGCUGUCUGUCUUUGAACAGUUUGGGUUAAAGUCAUUCCUGACCAUCCGGCUGGAAGUCAUCUUAGCGAGACAAUCCGCUCGAAAUAAUUUAAUAGUUGAGUGUGGGACUUUCUGGUUCUAGGCUGUCAUGCAGCUGAGUUUCAUGGCUCGUUUUUCACGACGCUUUUCCAGUGUCUACAAUUUACCAAUCUUGACUUUGCUCGCCUCAGUUUUAAUAUUAAGAAGUGAUGCUGAACCAAACACCAAGAAUGUAGAAGGAAUGGGAUCCAUGGAUUGUGCUCCAUCGCUUUCUGUUUACUGGAACGAGAUUCUUGCUCGACUUCCCUACGUGGAAACAAACGUUACAAACAACUCAUACUCAGAUGAAGGACUUUUGACAACCUUCCUUCACCUGAUGCUGGCUGAUUGCUGUCGACUCAGCAUGAAAUUGAUUUACAACGCUUCAUCUCACGACGAUGCAGACCUGUACUUUCCGGUUAUCGUUAACCUUGAGGCUGAUCGCCUAAUGAGCAGCCGAAAAAACCUUGUUCCCUUGUUACCACAGACUGGAAUCGCCUUCCUGGUUUUAGAAAGAAGCAGAAGCGAUUACACGUGGAGAAUUGUGAAGUCUCUCUUCGCUACUUGGCCAGUCUUAAUCCUCAUACUUGUCUUGUCACUGCUCGCAGGAAUUGCUGCCUGGUCACUGGAGAAAUGGAGGAACUCGGACAACUUUCAUCCCAUGUUUACUAAGGGCGUCUGGGAAGGUUUCUGGUGGGCUUUUAUUUCCAUGACAACGGUGGGCUAUGGAGAUCGCUACCCAAAGUCAGUUGGAGGUCGCCUGUUUGCAGUGCUGUGGAUUUUAAUGGGAAUGUGUAUCAUAUCUAUCUUAACUGCAACAUUGACUUCUUCCAUGACAACUUUUUCCCUGGAGGCUAAAGUCAAAUUACCCGGAACCAAGGUGGUAGUCCUUGUUGGUUCCAUUGAAAUGGUUACGGGAAUUCAACAUCAGGCCAGUCUCACACGUGUGAAAACAGCUGCUGAUAUUCAUGAACAUUUGGAGAGUGGUAAAUACGAAGGGGCUCUGAUGGAUGCUUAUCUCUUAGCACAUUUCAAAAGAAAUCAUCCGUCAAGGACUCGUAAACUCAAAGCUCAAGAAGUUUUUCAGCAGAAGUAUUUGGAAUACGGCGUUCGCGUUAAAGAUCCAAAGUUGGCCGAGUGUCUUCGCGAAAAGAGGUUCACCCAAGAAGCAGAAUGGUAUGAACACGCAGAAAUACUUCUGCAGCAAUCUCUGUUGGAUGAAUUUGAAAACAGGGACGGAAACAAAGUCAACUUAUUCGACCCUGAUGGUGUCCUCUAUUUUCCGUUUCUCUUUACAUGCUUGGGAGUGGCUGCCCUGUUAUUGUUGACCGGUGGAGCUUGGGACUUGUGUCGUAAAAUCAAUCACCGAAUGAAGGAAAAAGAGAGAAAAGGUGAUUUUUCUAUUACGUUGGCUAGAGCUAGUCUGAUCACGGACUGCAUAAACCAAGACAAGAUGAACGAUCUUGAGAGGAAGAUUGAGGAUCUAAAUGAAACUUUCAAAAGUAUAAAGGGUGGAGCAAUCUUCGUAUCUCCUCGUUAUAACAUGGAAACGACUGAAAUAGUCUGAAGUUUGACAACAAACCUUCGAGAGCAGAGCCUGGUUCGAUUGGACAAGUAUGGACGAUAACAAUAGAAAAUGAAACUGAUUGGCUCGUAAAAAUACGAUAGAGUGGAGUCAAGGCUUUGAGUGCAAUCAUAUUUAUGACAGUAGUAUUACAUGAUAUGUAGAAGAACGGAAAAAUAUAUCCUCUCUUGCAUAUUAACUAAUCCUCUGACACAGGUAACUGAUUUAUCUAUCUGUGAUAUCAAGUUUAUCCAAUGACCGUGACAUUAUUUGACGUUCCUGCUAAGGAGCGUGCCAAAUUUUUGUGAGAUGCCCAUAAAGGUUCACGAGCGAUGAUGUUCAACUACCAUGCAGUUCCUCACUAGAAGUAGACCCUAUUACAUUAUGAUGUGAGAUUUCCAUCGCGUGGCAGUAGAGGAGUGCGGAGCCUGAAUCAGCCAUUACGCAUAGCGGCGAGAGCACAUAAUCCUUUUCUACUAGCACUUAUGUACUGGUCGUUCAAAACUUAAAAGCGGGACAGACUGGUGUUUUUCUUUCAUUUAGUUUUCUACCCGCGCGCACUGUUGGGUUACUCCCCCCUUUUCACUGUCUAUCACGGAAUAGAUAGCGAGUAGCGUAAUCAAUAAGAUUUCAGUAUUUGUGAUAGAACGCCGAUAGCUUUAUGUUAAAAGUACAAGAAGUAAAAGAAACCAUUAUUACGCAAAGCUGAGUGAGAGCAACACAGCAUGCUAUGACUCUUAUGGUGUUACGAGUAAAUACUAAGAAAACAGCCAGUAACGUAGACAUACUAAUAUUUAAUAACUUAUAUAUUAAAGAAAUAAAAAAGAUCCAUCUUUCUCUCUGA